GAGUGCUCUCCCAUCUGUGUUCUCCCAUCCAAACAAGAAAGAAGAAGUAGGGCGAAGAUUGAUAAAAAAAAGAAAAGGGGAAUUAAUCGGCGGCGGCGAGGUGCAGCGACUGUUCUCCGAGGGACCGAUAAUCGGCGGCCCAUAUAUAACGAUCAAGAUCGGGACUGAAACUGGUCUUCUCUGAUUGAAAUCUAGAAGAAGAAGAAAUCGGAUUCGAAAACCGUUUUUUGAAUCGCUUUCCUUCGGCGAGGUUAUGAAGGAUUUUGAUGUUGUGAGGUGACGGAAUCUCUUCGUUGUUGAUCGAUUGGAUUCGUUUUGAGACCACCGCGGCGGCGGAGGCGGCGGCGGAUUUGUUGAGAGUUUGAAGGAAUCAGGUAUUGAAAACCCUAAAAGCUUUUGAUAAUUUGCGUUUCGCCAUUUUUUAUGGUUAAAUUUUAUCUUUAUCAUCAAUCAAUCAUCAAUCAUCAUCAUCAAGGACUGCGAAGCGAAACGAUGAGGAGGCUUCUGAUCGGCUCUGGAUUUGUGAAAAUCGCCGAUUUAUUGGGCUCUGUAGUCACUGUCUUUGAUAAGGAACUAGUCCGAUUACUGAUCCUGAAGGACUGCAGAUUUUUCUUCAAGUUGUCCCGCUGGACUGGACUGGAUGUCAUGGAGCUUGGUCCUGAUGGGCUCUUAGGAUUGUAUAACCAUAGGUAGAGGCAUAGGGCCGAGAUCUCCGAGUCUUCUGAUGUCGAUUUCGAUCGACUGUGGCUGCCAAAUCUUGGUAUUUGGAUUGAAAGUUUUCGCCGUCAGCAGUAGAGGAAUAAAGUAGUUGGGCUUUUCUCCGGGAGCCAUGCUUUUGCUGUGGUUGAUAAAAUUGUUGAUAGGGAAUCUGAACAAAAGUAUAGUUUUUAGUUUUAUAUGGCUGGAUCUGUGAUGGGUUAUGGGUGAUCUGCUCUUUAGCAGAAUCCCCUUGUCCUUAGAACUUCACCAUUCCAUUACUGAUUCAUCCUGUAUGUGCCCAUCGGUAUCGAUCGAAGAAACCUUCACAAGAUCUGGAAGAAUUUUGUUUCUACUAUGCAAAAGUUUUGUGGGUCUGUCGUAAAUCUUAGUUCUUUCGAGGCCCAGAGACUGCCUGCUCUUGUUGUUGGUGAUAAUGAGCAAGACAAUUUGAAUUUCUUGUUAGGAAAAAAACUUUUGUGCUGAAUCUCUUUUUUGGGCACAUUAAACUCAGUCUACUAGUUUGAAUGAUUGAUGUUAGAAGAAAUAUUUUUGUUGUCCUAGUACUUUAUGGUUACAAAAAGAAGCCUGAUUUCGAGUAUUAGCGACUUGCUAAUGUUCAAUUCGACAUUCUGAACCAAGGGAGUUUUUGCAGUCCUCCAAAACUAGUUAACACGAUCUGCCUCAAGGUUCAUUAGGCAGAAAACUCUUCAAAAACGUAUUUCCUUUGGAGGGUUCUAAGAAAAAUUCUUACAGAGUCCUCAUCAGAAACCAAAGCAUUACUCAUUUCUGUGCUUGCACUGGGGGUGUACCACCUCUCUGGUGCAAAGUGGAAAGAAAGUAAGGACUGCACUGUGCAGAACUUGUGGUGGCAGACAAACAGUUGAUGGGAGUACAUCUCUCUGUCAAAGCAUGAUGAAUACAGUGCGUGUAGAACUUACAAAAUCUAUUAGUCCUGACUUGAACUGGAAGGUUUCAAAGGGUUAUCGGAGUUCUUCAAGGCGGUCAAGGAAACCUGUUGACAAAAACCAAAAAUUGGGUGCAGAGCUAGCUGAGAAAAGUGCUAGAAGUGCAUCAGAAGCAACAGUUUCUGAAUCAGACAAGGGUGUGGCUGUAUGUGGGAGACGAUUGGGUGACAAAAUUGAGCAUGUACCGAUUAAGAAACGGAGACUUAUGGUCCGGUCUCCAUCACCCCCUCCACACCUUGAAGACAACAAACCACUAUUGGAUGGCCGUCAUUCUUCAGGUCAUAAGUCUUGUGCAAAAUCAGUUGGCAAAAAGCAUCCCACAAGGAGUGAUACGUCUACCCUGACUAGGGUCAGCCAUAAUAUAGCCGGUAGCGGUGUUAUUGAGAAUUUGAAUGAGGUGACAAAUCAAAAGCCUGGUGACGUGGAUGACUUCUCCGGUAUUGAGAUAUUGGCAGCUGCUGCCUGCAACAACAGCAUAAAUGAUGAUAUCAAUCAUGCUGUGAAGAAUCAAGUGGGUGAAGAUUCAUCUCGGGAUGCAAAAGAUGCAUCAACGUCUGCAAGGCCCUUGGAGCAAACCACCAAUGCGUCAACUUCUUCAACAGUCAUGAGAACUGCUUCAGAAUUUUCAGAAGCAAGAGAUGCAUCAGUCUCUGCAAUCUUGGAAGAAAGUAGUGCGUCAUUGGAAACAGUACAUUCAUCCCCUAAAGAUGUACGACGAGAAGAUAAGGUAGGGAGCUCCUCUUUUGAGGCUGAUGGGAUUAAUACCACCAAAGCACAGGACGAAGCAGAAGCAAGAUCCAGCUCCUCAAAAGAUGUUAGGUUCCACUGGGACCUAAAUGUUGGUAUAGAUGCUUGGGAGGAACCUUGUGAUAUGGCGAUUGCUGAUCCUCAAACAACUGCUGCAGAUGAUAUCUCCAUGGAUAAUAAGCAGGGUGGUGCAAAUUUCCAGGCUUCAGAAGCUAAUGAGAUACCAAAGGAGGAAGAUGCAAAGAAUGACAUUGCAAGCACAGUGAAGAAGCCCAUGUCUGACAAUGAGGAAGAGGGAUUGAAAGCGUGCCCUGAAUUUGAGUUGCGUUAUGGUAAAUUUGUUUCUACUGAUAAUGCUUUGGGAUCUUCAAAAGAUUCUGGUAGCAGUGCAAAAGCUUCCUCUCAGGAUGCCAGUGUGGAUGCAUGCAUUGAUCCUUCUCUUUGCCCUGAGUUUGAGUUGAGUUAUGGUAAAUGUGUUUCUACUGAUAAUGCUUUGGGAUCUUCAAAAGAUUCUGGUAGCAGUGCAAAAGCUUCCUCUGAGGAUGCCAGUGUGGAUGCAUGCAUUGAUCGUUCUCCUUGUGGCAUCGCAGUCACAUGCCCUGUGUCUGAGGAGACCGACAAAACACCGAUUUCCAGCUUUCCUGUUAAGCAUAUGACAGGAGAUACUGCUUCUGGUGAACUACUGGGUGAAACUGUCUGUUCAGAGAGUGUUAAGGUUGAAAACCCUGCUUUAGCUUGUGUGCCAGAGGGGGCACCUUGUGAGAUUGAAGGCACUGUUCUAGAUGAAGAUGGGAAGUGCUCUGGUGCAACAUCUAGCGUCCAUGAUGAUCCAGAAUCUCCGGAAGAGACGAAGGGUGUGGAAAGCUGUCAGUCACUCUCUCCCGUUCUCCUUGAUGUCAAGCCUGUAGCUAAAGCAGAAGAUGUGGCUAUUCACCAUUCCAAACUUGAUGUCAAGCCUGUAGCUAAAACAGAGGAUGUGGCUGUUCACCAUUCCAAGCUGGAUGUUCAGCCUGUAGCUAAAACAGAGGAUGUGGCUAUUCACCAUUCCAAACAUGAUUCUAAUGAUAAAUCUGCAUCUGGUGCAGCUGUUGGAGAAGGCCGAUCUCUGGUGACUGUAAUUGCAAAGCAGCCAGUAGAAGCAGCCUCUGACACUCAUACUGUUGAUUCUCUGCCAAAUGAUGGUUCUGCGGAAGUAGUGCAUAAACCUUCAGGGAAUCCCAUGAUGAAUCCAGCAGCUACUGCUGGGUCUUCUCUUGAGCAAUGCCACUAUGGUGAAGGUACCUCACGUAGCUCGGGUAGAGCCACUGAAGAUCCUUCCAGUGAUGAUUAUGACUUGAAUACUCGUCAAGAUGAUAAUGAUCACAUGGUUGGCGAGGGAAACACUAAGGAACCUGAAGCUGGUUACGACUCUCAGUAUGAAGAUGGGGAGCUGAGGGAGUCAGAUGUACCAUAUUGGGAGGAGAAUGAAAUUGAUGACUUAGAAGUUGAAUGUGUUGACUAUGGUUCUGAUACAUGUGACAGUGAAGCUGCUGAUGACUCUGUAUCAGGGAAAGUUGGAAUGGAACUUGAAUGCAGAGAAACUGAAUUAUUUGGGGAGUCGAGGAAAAUUAACAGUAACAUGAAGCUUGUGAGAGGAUUGAGUCCAGGAUCUGAUAAUACGUGUGAGAAAAAUGAACAUGCUUUGAGACAAUGUUCCGUUGGCUCGAAGACGAAAACUUCUGGAUCUGAUCAAUUACCUGGUGAUUCUGAAGCUUCUUCAAACAGAACUGCAGAAGCAAUUGAGGGGUGCACUGUAAGGAGACAUGCUGUUAAUAGCUUCGAUUGUCAUGAUGCCAAACAUUCUCCUGCCAACGUGGUUGGAUCAAUGGCAUCUGACUCCUCAAAUAAGAUGGGUACUGAAUGUGCAAGAAGGAGGAGGUUGGGCAACUUUGAUUCUAUUCGCUCUGAGGAAGCUGGUUCCGAUCAGUCCAUGGGAAGGGAAAAAUCUGAUUCACGUAUGCAGGGUAAAAGUUUCGGAGGUGUGGUUAAUUCUUCGGGGAGUUAUUGGGAUUCCAAGCGCCGCGAAUCACCCACUUAUCGUGGUUCCUUUGGUUCUGGACGCUCUAGACCAAGAAUUGUUGUUGAGAACCAUGGUUAUGAGAUGGAAUCAGACGUCACAUUUUCAGACGCAGCAGGAGUUCACAACCGUGUUCGCAGGCAAGCUAUUACUUUUUCAUCAAAUCGUUCGUAUCAUCCCGCGUUUAGAAGAUCAUCGCCAUCUGAAAGGAAUGAUGCACACAACAUACAUAGGGGAAUGAUACCUAUGAGAGAUACAAGUCCUGAUAGACGGAGGUUUAGACGAUAUCCGCAAGGGGUUAACAGAGGCAUCAGGGAGGAGUACCACAGGCCCAUACCCGAUGAUCCCAACGAAUGCUCUUAUAAUGUGCCACGACGAAUGCCCAGGAGAGAACAAAGCACUUCACCCCCUGGCAGAGGACCUAUAUAUUAUAGUAGACCCUACCAGAAGCCCCAGUCUCGAUGCAGAAGUCGCUCUCCUCUUGGAUGGGGUUUACCGAGAGAACGGAAUGAUAUUUCAAGACAUCGUGGUAGCAGGUCUCCUGAUUAUAGGUUUGAUUCUAAUAUGGAGCUGAGGGUGCCUUUCCAAAGGCAAAAUUUCGGAGGCAAGUAUGAUGUAGGGUUCGUGUCCCCACCAAAGCGUCGGUUUUCCCCACAACAGAAUUCCAGAUGGUUUGAUGAUUCACAUAGAGGUGUAGAUCACAAUUUCAGGGGCGGGAGAUUUGCCGGAAGACGGUUCCAGCCAGGACAGAGGUUUGACUCAGAGCGUUCAUCUCGGAGAUUGAAUCAAGAUGGUUACUCUGAACCCGUGAUGCGUCCUGCAAGAUACUCUGAGUUGCCCAGUGGUGGAAGGGAGUGUAGAUACGAAGGUAGUGAUGAUGAUAGAAGGAAACCUGAUGGAAGAUAUGAGAUUGUUCAUCGCGUGAGGCGUUUUGAUUCAGAUGGUGGUGUGCGUCAGUACCGUUAUGAUGAAGAUCGUUUUGCAUCUCACAACACGCAGAACUACGAUGAAUCUGACCAUAGGGCGGCCGAGAGGCGGCCUCGAGAAGCUUACGUAGGAGAAGUAGCGAAGAGGAGAGUAAAUUAAGGUUCCAGUGCUGACUCUGUAUUAGAACUCCGGCUUCUGGUGGAGAAGCCGGAGGUCAACUCAUUUAAACUGAAACAUACGUUAUUCGCAAGGAGAAAUCUUCCAUCACCCCUGCCGGUAUUUCAUCAAAUCGAUGUGUUACUCUCUGGCGGAUAGAGUUCUUCCGAUUUUUUUUUCCGGUGAUAGUUAAGUCGAAAUAUUCGUGCUCUUCCCAGGCGGCGGCCGGCGCUGCUUGUGGAAGCUACUCUUACCGUUCUGAUUGCGCUUAGGCAAAAUUCUUUUUAGGUUAGGGCCUAAUGUUGCUUUCCUUCAUCUUGAAUUUAUUUUCCUUUCUUUUUGUUUUAGGCAUUUUUAAAUGAUUAGUGAAGAAUCUCAAGCUUUUUUGUUUUUAAAGGCUUCUCUCGUUUCCUUGUUAUUGCUGUUUGCUUUUUUCUCUCUACUUUCUCUUCAAUAAUAAUUUUCCUUUGCUUU